GUGAGAGUAGGCUGCACUCUGCCCUCUCUGCAGUCUGCUCCGUCAUAAGAAUUACAAUACGUCAAAUAUAUGCAAAAUCUCUCGGUGAAGUAAAAUGCAACCUACUCUCACGGCUUGCGCCACUACUAAUAGAGGCGCUGAUGCGAAUUUUUCUAAUCCGAAUUGCGAGAGAAGACAGAUACACGAUAGCAUAACCUGAAACUUCAAAUAGAGAGCAGUUGUCGAGUUGACUAUGUAGCAGUUAGCACUUGCAUUUGCGCAAGUUAUGUAGAAUAAUAAAUAAAUACAACUCAAAAUGGAAAUCAAUCCUUUAAGUAUAAUUCUUGUGAAAAGUGAUAGUAAAGGGGACAGAAUGCUUUUUCGUUAUCCACACGUAAGAAAUCAUCAACGAGAUCCAAAUCAAUGUUUGAGGCGGAAAAAUCCUUAUUCAAUGAUCAUUGCAGAGGAUUCUCUACAGCCUCUACCAUUCCCUAAUCAAACCCAUGGGAAUCUUACUGGAUUAUCUGAUGAAGUAUUGUCAACACUUUUUGCUGUAAAACCAGAGUUAUGCGAGACAAAAUUUGAAUUAAAAGUCAAUGAGGUACGAUUUGUUGGUCAUCCAACAUUACUUCCAUCACGAGGACCAAAAGAAGUAAAUUCUUCCAUGUUGUUUAAUGUAGUUUUUGCAUUGCAAGCUCAAGCUAGUCAUUCUGUUGUUAGGUGUUACUAUGAUUUAAGCAAAAGACUUGGAAUAGCUUUGAGGCAUGAAGAAAAAAGAUGUGGUUUUCUUUCAGAAGAAAUAAAAACAAUGGUAUCCACACUUGAUGAAGUUGCUGCUAGGUCUGAAGAAGAAAGUGAUCUAGAAGAGUCACCCUAUGAAACCAUUUUGCAAAAAAGCUCAUUGGCUCGAGAUUUGAAGUCAAUUUUUAAUAGCUUAAGCACAUCUGGUAUUAUUAAUAUAAUGAUAGAUAAAUGGAUACAAGUUAGUUUUUGUUUGCCUCAAAAAGUACAUCAAACUCAUAAAAAAGGUUUUGUGGUAGACCCUGAAAUCAUUGACAGAUGUCUUGAUAGCUUAAGGCCAUAUCAUGGACUUUUACUUUUGACUGAACCAAUGGAUUUACUUGAUUCUUUACCAACAGACCAUUCACCUGCACUUUGCCGUUUGAUUCAAAUGUAUAAUCCUUUGAAAAGCUUACAAACUUUGUCUGCUGACUCAGAUUUGACUUUGGCUCAAGUUUUUCAAUUGACUGGUCAUUUGGUCUAUUGGGCUAAAGCAACAAUAAUUUAUCCGCUAUGUGAAAGUAAUGUUUAUGUAGUUUCACCUGAUGCAGUAUUAACAAAUUGUAUGUUAGAAGCAUUUUCAGAACAAUUCACUGGAAUGUGCCUUUUACAGGUAAUAAGUGAAUUUUCUUUGCCUACUUCAAUAAGUCAAAAACUAAAUCCUUUGAGCCAACCUCAACAACAAACACAUCUAGUGAAAAUAAUAAUUUGGCUCUUGAAAAAUCAUUUAUUACUGCAAUUGCAUACUUAUGUUCAAUAUAUGCCUACAGUUCACGGUCGCUCAUCUCUUAAAAAUAUAGGAGGAACAGUAAAUGGUACUAACGUAUUACUAGAAGAUAGUCCAAAUGUAACAUUAGAUGAUGGUACUUGGAGUUUAAAUGAUACACUCAAGGGUACUCCACAUGACUCAAAAGUUGAUAUUUCUUCAGACAAGACAGAUGAAAUAUACUCAUUUCAAACGGAUGGUUAUCCAUCUGAUGACGUUAUUUUGUUAGAAAAGUUAUGUCGCAUGGGGUACUUCAAAGGAGGACAUCAUUUAGAAGAGAUUAUGUAUUUAGAAAAUAUUCGCCGAUCUCAAUUGUUGCAAAUAUUGGAUAAAUUUCGAGACGUGUUGAUCACGUGUGAAAGUGAAGAUCCUGCUAUGGCAAUGUUUUAUUCUCGGCAAGCUCCUAGAUGAGAGAAUUGAAAAGCAUUCCACAUAUUUAUUGUAAAUUACAAAUUGUAAAUAUUCUCGAAUUAAUGUAAAUGUUAUUAUUUUUCAUAUUUUUAUAAAAAACAAGUCUGAACUGAAUGAUCUACAACAGAUCUCGAACUAGUUAUUAAUUCUUUCAAUUAUUAAUUUAAUAAUUAUUAGUAGCUUAAAACUAAUAAAUAUUUUGAUAGCAAAUAUCAGUGAUUAAGGUGCGACUUUUCAAAUAAUUUAAUUUUAAAUAAAAACAGUAAAUGUGUUUUGAAAAAAA